AUUCUGUCAAAACAGCUUGCUUCUGUGGUUAAAUACUUCACACCUAGUGAAAGGUUAACUUUAGCGGGAACGUUGAAAAUGGCUCGGGACGAAACGAGGACUGAGUGAUUAAAAUUAAAACAAAUAUUUAUUCAAUUAUUUACGUAUAAGUAUCUAUCUAUUUAUUUUUAAUUUAUUAUUUUUCUCUAUAUUAAUAUUUCGUGUUCUGUGAUAUGAUUAUGUGUAUCGAGCGGUGAUAAUGGAAGAAAAUUGUACGAUGCGGCCGUGUGCGACAGACUUUAGCAUUGCGGCUAUUAUGUCGAGACAUGGUAGAGCUAGAACGGCGAGAUGUAGAGAUCGCGAGCCGCCGGAUAAUCUUUCACCUCUCGAGAAAUUCGUAGACACUUCUUCCUCAGUUCCUUCCACUCCGGAACCGAUGGGAUUGGAUUGUACAAUAGUGAGUGCGGAUAAUGAAAGCGGUCGUGAUUCGCCCGUAGACGUUUCGUCAACUUCAGAAUCGGGAGUGACUACUGCGUCGCAAUCUAGCGGGAGACGGUCGCCGAUUCGAAAUCCUCUUUUACAAGAACGUUGUACCAGCGAGGAUUUAAAAAAUGUAACCUGUCAUCUAGAAACGAAGGAUUUAUGGGAUAAGUUCAAUGAGUUGGGGACUGAAAUGAUCAUAACAAAGACUGGAAGGCGCAUGUUUCCUACUGUUCGAGUUUCUUUCACCGGAAUCCGUUCAGAUCAAAAAUACGCAGUACUUUUAGAUAUAGUUCCUGUAGAUAAUAAGAGAUACCGAUACGCUUACCAUAGAUCUUCGUGGUUGGUGGCUGGGAAAGCGGAUCCACCAGCUCCUUGUAGAAUUUGCGCACAUCCAGACUCGCCGUUCACCGGGGAACAGCUCAGGAAGCAAGUCGUGUCCUUCGAAAAACUCAAACUAACCAACAAUGAAAUGGAUAAACACGGUCAAUUGGUUCUAAAUUCCAUGCACAAAUAUCAGCCCAGAGUCCAUCUCGUGAAAAGAGGAGAUGGGGCAACUGGUCCGAUAAAUGAUCUGGAAAACGAAGAGUACAAAACGUUUAUUUUUCCAGAAACGACCUUCACUGCUGUUACAGCUUAUCAAAACCAGUUGAUAACGAAGCUGAAGAUUGACAGCAACCCAUUUGCCAAAGGUUUCAGGGAUUCAUCUAGGCUCACUGAAUUUGAAAGUUUUUGUGAUUACAGGGAAACGAUGGAGUCGAUGCUAGCGGAGCAGCACUAUUUCCGUUCUCCUAUCCGACCUUUCGUCGACAUGGACACCCACAACAACAACAACCUUUCCUUAGAAGAAAAAGCUAUACUCGCAGCUCGUUCGCAGCUCUUUCUUCGAGCAGCUGCGGCUGCUGGUCCUUACGGACCUCUAAUGGGCGGCAUAUACGCUGGAGCAGGUGCUUCGCAGAGCAAUCCAGUUCCGCCAGGUCUACUUUGGAACCAAUGGGCGUGUCUCGGACCGUCUCUCAUCGCCGCUCAACACCAACAUCAGUUGGCGGUUGCGGCGGCGGGAAGUUCGCAGCUUCAAUCACCUCUUAGGCCAUUGGCGCAGCAUAGGUUUUCUCCUUAUACUCCGCCUCAAAGGACAUCGCCUGAUACGAGUUUGAGGGAUGAUAGAGAGUCGCCUAAUAGUCCUUCUUAAAGAUAUUCUUUUGUGAUAUAUUAUUGUAAUGGGAAAUUUGUUAUUUCAAACAAUUUUAUUUAAGCUAAAAUUAUACAGAUUGUCUCAUACAAUGAAACAUCCUUUAUAAUUUUCAAAGUGACAUACAAAAAUACGGAAUUUGUUAUUUGUACAAUAUAUCCAUAAUUUAUUUUACAUUAAAGUUAGUGUAUAGGCUUCAUCGUGUAUAUCAUCGGUUUCAUUAAAACGAUGAGACAUCAUUUAUUCUGAAUUGUUUGACAAACUUCCUUGUAGAGAAAGCGAGUUACAAGAAACGAUGAGUGAUAUGAUGAGCCUGAACUGUAGAGUGAUAAAACUUCCUCACCCGAGUGAAGGGAUUCUUUUUCAAAAACGAAUAAAAAAAAUUCUUUCAUAUGUAUAGUUGAAAAAAUAUAAAUUAUUCAUUUAUACCAGUCGAAAAUUCAUUUUAUGUACAAAUUGAUCGAUUGCAAAUAUUUACGAGACGUACCGUAUCGCAAAAUAUAAAUAAUUAUGUUAAUAAGAGUUCGAAUUGUUGAAGAAAAUAUGAUAAUUUAAAAUUUUCGUCUAUAAAAUGGGGCAGGUUAUGAAAAAUUUUCCUAAUUUCAAAAAACGUGUUCAACAUUUCAACUUUCAAAAAUUGGAAUAGUUUAUACAAAUAACUGUUGCUCGGAAUGAAGGAGGUUUUAAAAAACGAUCUCAACCGUUUUUUCAAUAUAUAUUAUGAUCUUAUUAUUAAUUUCACCCUAUAUAAGUAGAAAGUAUUUUUUUGUCAACUGUGAAAACUGUCAUUCGUGUAUGUAAAUAUUGUAAAUAAAUAAAAUUUCAAUAUAACCUUAUGAAAAUGUGAAAUUUCCUAAUUAAUCACUUUAAUAAAUUUGUAAAUAUGAGAAAU